AUGGGACCUCGGCCAUUCACUCGGGUCGUGUUUCUGGAUGUGGAUGGCGUCUUGAACUCGGCGGCCGAAGCGGCUGCAGGGUCCGACUACAUCCCAGUUCUGACUGGUGGCUUAUGGCUUGAGAGGAACCUGAUCCUGAGACUACGGGAUCUUUUGCACUGCGGCCAGGCACACGUUGUGAUCUCUUCAAGCUGGCGGCGGGAAGAUGCUGCUGUCAAGGCGCUGAAGGGAGCGUGUGCAGACGCUGGCAUUGCAUCGUGGCGCUUCAUUGGUCAGACUCCCGAGAUGAAGGCAUCGGCACGAACAGCUGCAGGUAGAAGAGUCGCAGAGAUUCUCCACUGGCUGGCUUGGCAUCGAGUCCAGCUUGGCGUGCAGCAGUGGGUGGCGCUGGACGACAUGGAUUUGGCUGGUAGCUGUCCUCCCCACCUCCGGCUGCACAUGAUUCGAACAGAUGUUCAUGUUGGUCUACAGCCAGAACAGGUGGAGGGAGCGCUUUCGGUGCUGGGAUGUGGCCAAAGACUUUGCCCGGCAGUGUCGAGAGCCUCUGGAUCGCCCAAAGGUAUUGUUCUGGACAUCGACGGGACCCUUAUCGACUCGUUGAAUGUGUGUCGACCCUGGGGCUCGUUCGUGGCUUUUUCAGAGCCAACCCAUGUGCACGAGGAGCACGUCGCUGUCUUUGCACGCCCAAACUUGCAGAAGUUCUUAGACUUCUGCUUCGAGCGCUUUGCCGGGGUGGCAGUUUGGACAGCAUCUGAUGCCAGCUGGUGCGAUAUGGUCGUUGCAGAGGUGCUUUCUCGGCAUCGAAACUGGUGCUUCUGCUGGUCCCAGCGACGCUGCAGCGAGCAUCAGCGCGACCGUGACGGCACCGAACUCCCUCCGACCUGCAAGCGACUUCGCAAAGUGUGGAAGUCAGGAACAAGGCGCCGGUGUGGCUUCUGCCGGGAAACCACCGUGAUUGUGGAGGACACCGCCGGCAACUGCUUCUACAACCGGGGCAAUGCUGUCAUUGUGCCCACGUUCGAUGCUUCGGAGGCUACUGCUGCAACCGACGAUGAGCUUCACAAGCUGAUGCAGUACCUGGAAGUUGAGGUCCUCCCUGCUGCGGAUGUACGCCGCCGGCAGCCGUGGCACCCUGCUUGCGGACAAAGCCCUGCAGCUGCAGGUGCUGCAGUCUUUCGGCCGCCGGAACGCCACAUCCAGGGCUAA